CCGAAUGUUAGGACCUUAAGACUCCACAACUGCCGCCCCCUGCGGAAAUCCGAGCGCGGUUGGAGUCCAGUUGGCGGCGGCAGUUUCAGCAGGUAAAGAGAACGUUUUCCCAAAGAAAAUAACAUAGCUCAGAAGGAAAGAUAACAAAAAGAAAUUGCUGCAGAUUUUAUUUUACAAUAUAUAAGAAAACCUACAAUUUCUUCAAGACACUCGUAUUAAGAGAUUUGUGAAUGAACUUUGUUAAGUAUGGAUUCCGGUGGUGGAAGUCUUGGAUUGCACACAUCAGAAUCUAGAAUGGCCCAUACCAUGAUUAUGCAGGAUUUUGUGGCUGGAAUGGCUGGUACUGCACAUAUCGAUGGAGACCAUAUUGUUGUUUCAGUUCCUGAAGCCGUGUUAGUUUCUGAUGUUGUCACAGAUGAUGGAAUAACUCUUGAUCAUGGCCUUGCAGCUGAAGUUGUCCAUGGGCCUGAUAUCAUUACAGAGACUGAUGUAGUAACAGAAGGUGUGAUUGUUCCUGAAGCUGUACUUGAAGCUGAUGUUGCCAUUGAAGAAGAUUUAGAGGAAGAUGAUGGUGAUCACAUCUUGACUUCUGAGCUAAUUACAGAAACUAUUAGGGUACCUGAGCAGGUUUUUGUGGCUGACCUUGUUACUGGUCCUGAUGGACACUUAGAACAUGUGGUCCAAGAUUGUGUUUCAGGAGUUGACUCUCCCACAAUGGUAUCAGAGGAGGUUCUUGUAACUAAUUCAGAUACAGAAACUGUGAUUCAAGCAGCUGGUGGUGUGCCUGGUUCUACAGUUACUAUAAAAACUGAAGAUGAUGAUGAUGAUGAUGAUGAUGUCAAGAGCACUUCUGAAGACUACUUAAUGAUAUCUUUGGAUGAUGUUGGGGAGAAAUUAGAGCAUAUGGGGAAUACACCAUUAAAAAUCAGCAAUGAUGGUUCACAAGAAGAUGUUAAAGGAGAUGGGUUUGGUUCAGAAGUAAUAAAAGUGUAUAUAUUUAAAGCCGAGGCAGAAGAUGAUGUUGAAAUAGGCGGAACAGAAAUUGUCACAGAGAGUGAAUAUACCAAUGGACAUUCUGUAGCUGGAGUGCUUGACCAGAGCCGGAUGCAGCGGGAGAAGAUGGUUUACAUGGCAGUUAAAGAUUCUUCUCAGGAAGAAGAUGAUAUCAGAGAAGAAAGAAGAGUUUCCCGAAGAUAUGAAGAUUGUCAAGCAUCAGGAAAUAAUUUGGACUCAGCAUUAGUAAACAGAAGUAGUACAGCAGCACAGUACCUUCAAAUUUGUGAUAGUAUUAAUAUGAAUAAAGUACUUAAACAGAAAGUCAAGAAGAGGAGAAGAGGAGAAACCAGGCAGUGGCAAACAGCUGUUAUAAUAGGUCCUGAUGGACAGCCCUUGACAGUAUACCCUUGCCAUAUUUGCACAAAAAAGUUUAAAUCCAGGGGAUUCUUGAAAAGACACAUGAAGAAUCAUCCUGAUCAUUUGAUGAGAAAAAAAUAUCAGUGUACAGAUUGUGACUUUACAACUAACAAGAAAGUGAGUUUCCAUAACCACUUAGAAAGCCAUAAGCUUAUAAACAAAGUUGACAAAACCCAUGAAUUUACAGAAUACACACGAAGAUAUAGAGAGGCUAGUCCAUUGAGUUCUAAUAAACUUAUAUUAAGAGACAAGGAGCCGAAGAUGCACAAGUGCAAAUACUGUGACUAUGAAACUGCAGAACAGGGAUUAUUGAAUAGACAUUUGCUGGCUGUUCACAGCAAGAAUUUUCCUCAUGUUUGUGUUGAGUGUGGAAAGGGCUUUAGACAUCCUUCUGAACUCAAGAAGCAUAUGAGAACCCAUACUGGUGAGAAGCCAUACCAGUGUCAGUAUUGUAUCUUCAGGUGUGCAGACCAAUCAAAUCUGAAAACUCACAUUAAGUCUAAGCAUGGUAAUAAUUUACCAUAUAAAUGUGAGCAUUGUCCCCAAGCAUUUGGUGAUGAGAGGGAGCUUCACCGCCAUCUGGAUUUGUUUCAAGGACAUAAGACACACCAGUGCCCUCAUUGUGACCAUAAGAGCACCAACUCAAGUGACCUUAAACGGCACAUCAUAUCUGUUCAUACUAAGGAUUUUCCUCACAAAUGUGAGGUCUGUGAUAAAGGUUUCCAUCGUCCUUCUGAGCUCAAAAAACAUAGUGAUAUACAUAAGGGUAGGAAAAUUCAUCAGUGUAGGCACUGUGACUUUAAAACAUCAGAUCCAUUUAUUCUUAGUGGCCAUAUCCUUUCAGUUCAUACUAAGGAACAGUCACUGAAGUGUAAAAGAUGCAAGAGAGGGUUCAGACAACAAAAUGAGCUCAAGAAACAUAUGAAGACACAUACUGGAAGGAAGAUUUACCAGUGUGAGUAUUGUGAAUACAGCACUACAGAUGCAUCUGGCUUUAAACGACAUGUGAUAUCAAUACAUACAAAAGACUAUCCACAUAGGUGUGAAUUCUGCAAGAAGGGAUUCCGAAGACCAUCAGAAAAAAACCAGCAUAUUAUGAGGCACCACAAGGAGGCCCUUUUGUAAUAAGAUCAAUAUGAAGAAAGAAGUUAUUUAGAAAUAUUAUGUGCUAAUUGGGAGGAAAAUCUGACAAACUAUUUCAUCUGGUUUCAAAGCUUGAUAUUAGAUCAUAACUUUACAUUAUUUGUAUUAAAGAUCUUAAAAUUUUUGAAUUAACAGGGGUUCUCAUAGACCUUUGAAAAUUACUUAAAGAUUUGAAGAAGCACCAUAGAAUGGUUUCUGAAAAUAUUAUUUAAUAGUAUUAUAUACAUAGUUAAACUACAGAAGGGGAAAGCAAAGACAACUACUUUAUUUGGCUAAUCAUACUAGAGACAAAUGUUCCUGAAUGAGAAUACACAUAGAGGAGUUUAGCAGUGCUUUGCUAUAGAAAGCAAGCCUCACUUUUAUGCAAUUUUAGAAAUGGUGUGGGGAAAUAAAAUGCAUUCAUGCAUCAGUUACUUAGCCAUUGAGCUUUUCUCAUUGUACUUGAAAAUUGAAUUCCAGAUAUAGAAAUAGUUUUGUGCAUUCAUUGAAAAAGUUUCACUGGAAAACAGGUUAGAUUAAAAAAAAAGAAUUUCAGAGCUGCUAAUAUUUUAUCACAGGACAGGAUGUUUAAAAUACAGCAUUCUGUGAUGAAGUCUAAGAUGAAGUUCAAGGAUUAAAGUUGCAUGUGUGUAUGUAUAUAUAUAUGUAUGUACAUACAUAUGUAUAUAUAUUUUCCCUUUUAUCUAAUGUUCAAAUUGAUUGUUGUUCAGUAUGGCAUAUGACAAAAGCAUAUUUGAGUCAAAUGUGGCUUUCUAAAAUGGAUGCAACAGUAGUGUUGCAAAGUCAGCACUAUUUUUUAAUGAUCUAAAGAUUAAAUCAAGAGAACAGAGUUUUCUUAAAUACAAUGUUUAGAGGUUUUUUGUUUUUUUUUUUAGGACAGUCUUGGCAAGUAUGAUUGCUCUAGUCUUACUUGCUGUAAUGUUUAAAGGUGCACUUUUAUGCCAUUAUUGAAAUUUUUGAUUUUUAAAAUCUAUAUACCAUAUUAUUAACAUGCAUUUUCAAUAUGAGGCAGUAUUUAUGCAGUAUUUAACAGAAGAGUAUGCUGCCAAUAGAGUUUGGAAGUGGAUAUUCAGUUUACAUUGUAAAAAUUUAAAAUAUGCAUCCCUUUAACAAUGCUUCGUGUUAGCAUGCUGCAAAUCAAACUGGAGCUUAAUAUAAAAAGCUGGUUUAGGGCAAUUUAAUGAAAAUCCUGUUCAUAAAGGUAAUGCAUAUGAUGUGUACUUUUAAAGUUUAUUUUCUUCUUAUUUACACACAGCUGUUCAACAUAAUUAAAAUGUAAUUUUACUUCAUCUAUAUUGUGGUUUUGUGUUUCAAAUACUGUUCACCUUUCUGUUUUGCACCAGAUAAGAAUCACUUCCCUGAGAAUAAAUUUUUUAUCUUUCUUAACUUCAGAAUAUUAAAUUUGGAAAAUCUAAAAUUGUGUGUUAUGUGGCUGUAAAUGAUGUACACACUGUAAAAUAAGAUUGUCAAUGUUAUGUGGGAUUAUUAUUUCUAAAUGUUACUCAUUGAAAUGAGCAUAAAAUAAA